AUGGAUGCACUAGACGUUGCCGGAAAGGACACAGUUGGAGAAGAUGAGCAGAUUAAGAGCACAGGGGCAAAGAGGCGGCUCCCCACAAGGGGGAACCGACUCCAGGAGAGUUGGAGGCGGCUCCACAUGAAUAACAGAGAGAUUGAUAAACUUAUUUUGGCUCGCCUGGAUAGAGUUUUGGCAACUAGUCACUGGUCUCAGCUGUUUCCUCGUUGCAUGGUUCAUCAUCUGAUUGUUCAAGGCUCUGACCAUAAUGCUCUGCUCUUAUGUCUGAAUGACUCUCUUUCUCACUUUCGGCGAAACUUUCUGUUUAACGCCCGUUGGGUGAAGGAAGACGAGUUCAAACCUCUUGUGGCUCUAUUGCGGUUAAAGGAAAGUGUUGACGGGUUUGAUAAACAUGUCUGCUUUCGGGCAACAGAAAUACUAAAAAAUUUCACUGAAAAAGCCAAGGUCCGUCGCCGUAAGAAUGAGAUUUUUAGGUUGGAGGAUUUUAUGGGUCAGUGGAGAGAUUCGAAAGGUGAUAUUCGUCGGGUUGCCGAGGAUUAUUUCCAAGAUUUGUUUGUUGUAGUUCCUGAUCUGGCAAUCUCGAGUUUUGGAGAGGUUCUGAAGGGCGAUCUUCUUCAAGAGUUCAAUGAUUUUGUUAAUGGCCGUCCGAUGCCUCAUUCUCUUAAUUCAACCAACCUUGUUAUUAUCCUAAAGGUGCCCCAUCCUACUUCUAUAUCUAAUUUUUGCCAUUUCGCUCUGUGUAAUGUGUCAUACAAGAUCUUAGUGUUCGCUAACAGACUGAAACUUCUGCUCCCUCUUCUCAUUAGUGAGACUCAAAGUGUCUUCGUGCCAAACCAUCUUAUUCAUGACAACAUUAUUCUGGCUCAUGACAUUCUCCAUGUUCUGAAGUCCAAAAUGAACGGUGACUUAUGUUUUAUGGCCCUCAAGUUAAAUCUGGCAAAGGCAUAUGACAGGGUCAGUUGGGCUUUUAUGGGAAAAUUUCUUCGUCACUCGGGUCUAUCUCUAUUGUUCAAUGCUUCUGAUCGGCUUUCCCAACGUCUGGGUCUCAAGGCAGGGAGGGGCUGUCCUUUGAUUUCUCAUCUCUUGUUUGCGGAUGAUGCUCUUAUCUUGUAUUUUCCUCCUAAUACUUCUUCUUCCCAGAAGGUGACCCGUAAGCUAUUGUUGGGUAUUCACACUGUGGACUGGCAUAAUACUUAUCUUGGAUUACCCUCCUUUUUGGGUCAUUCUAAGAUGGUGGCUCUCAAUUUCCUCUCUAAAAAGCUAUCUGCCAAAGCAAGUCUUCUAAAGGGAUCAAUGAUGUCUAGGGUGGGACGGGAGGUCCUUCUGGUUCUCUCGACUAUUCCGGAUACGGGAGGGCUGGGUUUUCAUGAUGUUGAAGCCUUUAACAUAGCGUUUUUAGCAAAGAUUACUAAGCAAAUGGAGGUUGGCGAUAAUUCUAUGCUUUUAAAGACCUUUAAGCCUAAAUAUUUCAAAAACUGUAACUUUGUGGAGUUAUUGGCUCAGCCAAUGCUUCUUGGGUUUAGAAAAGUUGUUGCUUCUAAGCAACGUGGGCUAAAUUUUUCCUUAGUUGCUGAUUUGUUGUUACCAUCCCUUCAAGGCUGGAAUGUAAAGAUGGUGUUUAAGGAGAUUACCCGUCAAAAUAAUCUUUUUCUAUUGCCGGUUCCUCCUGUCCAGUUCCCUCUUGCAAGAUGGGUUGUUUCAAACUCAAUUUUGAUGCGGCUUUUAAUUCGAGUCGUAAUAUUUGUGGUGGAGGAGCGAUUCUCUAGAACCAUCUUGGACGGCCUAUCAAAUUUGAACGCGGUGGUUGAAGGAGAUUGUAAACCUGUAACGCAAUUGCAAGUCUCGGUGGAAGGUUAG